GUUCGCUACACCCUCAAAACAAAAGCGUACAACGCAGUUUUUCGUCAAAUUAUGUCACAUUUUACAAAAUUGCUCCGUAAAUUACGUUGUAACACGAGAGACUUUCUAUGUGCCGACAGUCCGCGGUCCGGUUAAAGUUUACCACCGACAUAAUUUGUACUUUAUUCUUUUCGCUUGAGCCACUUUGCUAACGUUUGUAGCAGGCUGAGGAGUUAGCAUAAACAGCUAAUGUUGCUGUAACUUGAGGUGGAUAAGGGUUCACAGCAAGACUGAGCCAAAGGCGACUUUGAAUGUAAGUGGACGAGUGUUCAUACACAGAGGACGAUGCCUCGCCUGCAGUCUGGUGUCUGGAAGCACUUCACCCCAGCUAUCAAAGAUGGUAGGGAAACCUUCAUGUGCAACUACUGUUUAAAGACAUACACAAAGAAUGCUACCAAGAUGCAGAUGCAUUUGGACAAAUGCAAGGAGUACUCUGUGGUUUCGCAGCAGUCACCAGGCCGAGAUGGGAGCUCCUCUGCCUCCAUUCCUGUUCCCUCCCUCUCUUUCUUACCAUCUGCUUCUCCAGGGGGACAGUUCCUCAUUGAUUCGGUGGAUCAGCGCAGCCAGGCAUUUGCCGACGAGUGCCUAGCAAGAGCUGUGUAUGCCACUUUGUCGCCCUUAACUCUCGCAGACAAUAUUUAUUGGAAAAGAUUUUUCAGCGUGCUCAGGCCUGCUUACUGUCCGCCCACCAGAGAGGCCUUGUCCUCUUCUCUACUGGACUGCGAGUAUGACAGAGUGCAAAGCCAGGUUCAUGAGGCCAUUGGAAAAGCAGACUGUGUCACCAUCAUCUGCAGUGGCUGGUCUAAUGUAAAAGAAACUGGAACUAUCCUUUUUUCUGUCGCAACUCCUGUACCGUUUUUCUACAAAUGUACAACGGUAAAGGAGCAGACACACACAAGCACUUAUAUUGCUGAGGAGCUGAAAGAUGUUAUAAAUGAAGUGGGACCACAAAAAGUGUUUGCUGUUGUCACUGACGACGCCCCAGAAAUGAUGACGGCUUGGACUCAAGUAGAAAAGGCAUUCCCACACAUAUCAGCUAUUGGCUGCACAUCGUGUGGAAUCCAACAGCUCUUCGAUGACAUAGUUUCAACACCAUCUAUGAGGGCUGUGUGCAGGAGAGCUGAGCAGGUGGUGAGAUAUGUCACAGAGCAAAAAAUCUUAGCAGAGACCUUUAAAUGCUGGCAGACUACAAAGAUAAGAAAUCACACUGCUAGUGGGACGACAUUGACACUGCCUGUUAACUCUGACUGGACUGGUGUGGUUAACAUGUUCAACAGCCUCCUGGAGGGUCAGAACACGCUACAAAAGAUGGCUGCUUCACCCACACUUAACAUUGAAACAUCUAUCAGGGUCAGGAUACAAGAUGCUUCAUUUUGGAAAGAGUUAAGCAGCAGUCGAAACCUGCUCUACUUGAUUGGGAAUUACAUUGAUUACAUGAAGAGAGAAGACGCUGUGUUAUCCGGUGUAGUUGACAUGUUCAGUCAGUUAAGACACCACAUCGGAGCUAUGCUGUCCAGGUCUGUGCUGCACGGUGCUGAACAGAAAGCCGUCAUGGCAUCAUUAGACAGGUGUCAGGAGUUUUGCGUAAAGCCCAUCCACGCAGCAGCGUAUAUGCUGGAUCCACAGCAUGUUGGACAGCAGACACUCUCUGGGGAGCAGAUAAACAGCGCUUACUAUGUGAUUUCCAACCUGUCACACCAUCUAAAUCUUGAUGAGGGUAAAGUGCUUGGCAGCUUUGCCAGAUUCUCAGCCAAGCAGGGAUUAUGGAAGGGUGCCGGGAUAUGGAGCUCAUGCCAGCACGUGUCAGCAUCCACCUGGUGGAAAGGGCUGUGUUCCUCUGAGCCGCUGUCCGCUGUGGCCUUUGCUAUACUUCAGAUCCCACCGACAACAGGUGCCUGCGAGCGCCUGCGGUCACGCUUUUGCAGUACAAAGGUGCAAGGUUCUCUCUCAGCUGACAGGGUGCAAAAACUGGUGGCAGUACAGACAAAUCUCAACCUUAUAGAGCCAAGUGAAUGUGACUAUGCUCAGCUGGAGAGUGAGGAAGAGAAGAAAGUAUCAUUUCAAUCUGAGACUCAGUAGUAAGACAAAAUGAGAUAUCUGAAGCCAUGUAGGGCAGACAGCAUGAACUGUGAUUCUCAUUCCUUGUGAAGGAAAUAUAUUAAGAAAUAGCCUUACAAGUCAGCAAAAUACAGACAAAUAAAUCCGGUUUGUCAGAUUAAAUGUAAAUUUCCUCUGAGAUGUCUGAACUUGCACUGUGCUCUUAUUCCUCUCUUCACUCCAAGGCCUUGUAAAAUAAAAAUGAAAUGAGUAAUGAGUGACAGAA